AAAAUUCGAUUCUCUCUCUCUCUAGAUCGCCUUUUUCAUCCACAUCUGAGAGUGAAGAACACACGGGAAUAUAUCAUUCAUUCACAUCCAGCUCGAUCCCGACAACAAUGGAUAGAAGAAUCAAAUAAUCCUGUUAAAACAACAUAAUUCGAUUUUCGCUCUUCGUCUUGUUCUUGAAUUUAUUGGGGUUCUGGAACAAUCGGGGAAAUGAAGGAUGAUGACGCGUUGCCGAUAUCAACUCCGACGUCGUAUUCGGCAUCAUCCGCCACUACCGCCGGCCAUUCGAGGAAGGAGAGUUCCCAUUCGGUUCUCUUCGGCCGAGGCCGGUACAAGUUCUGGGCGUUGGCAGCUAUUCUACUGCUUGCCUUCUGGUCAAUGUUCACCGGCACUGUCACUCUCCGGUGGUCCGCCGGAAAUCUCAACCGUUUCUCCGACGACUUCGAUAUUCCGCUGCACGAAGAUCUCGACGUCCUCGAAAUGGAGGAGAGAGAGAAGAUGGUGAAGCAUAUGUGGGAUGUGUACACUAACAGCCGUCGGAUCAGAUUGCCUAAGUUCUGGCAGCAGGCCUUCGAGGCGGCCUACGAGGACUUAACCAGUGAUGAGCCUGAAGUGCGAGAGGCUGCCAUUUCCGAGAUCGCUAAAAUGUCUAUUCGCUCCAUCCAUUUUGAGAGCCCACCCGUUCACACGUUGGCGAUUCGGGAGUUGUCUAAAGCAAACAGAGUUCAAGAAAAUGAUCUGAGCAAGGAGUAAAUUAUGACUCGAAGAAUGCUUAUGGAUCCUAAGAAGUCUGCUAGGUUGCCGAUGUUUCACACGGGAUCUACUGUCGUUCUGGGGGGAAACUAUACUCCUGUUCCUCACUUUUGCAAGAGGGGCAAAAACAAUGUAUUUAUUUAGGUUUUCAUUCCUAAUUAUUAUUAUAAUUUUUUUUUUUUCAGUUUCUUUUAUUUUCCCGCUGGGUGAAGAGUGAAACAACAUUUUGAUUAAAUUAAUUCAUACAUAGAAAAUUUUGUGUUACAA